UUAAAUAUUAUUAUUUUUUAGCAUAACUCGUUAUUCUUAACCCACCAAAAAACCUUUCUGCAGAACUAAAACUGAAAAGCCUUCCCAAACUCAGCUCACACCCACAGAAAGAGAGAGGAGGAGAAAACAUAACGUCUAGCAAACUGGGUUGUUGAAAUGGCAUCGAAGUUGUGUGACUCGUGCAAAUCAGCGACGGCGACUCUUUUCUGCCGGGCUGACUCGGCGUUUCUAUGCUCCAACUGUGACUCCAAAAUCCACGCGGCCAACAAGCUCGCCUCGCGUCACGCUCGAGUUUGGGUCUGCGAAGUCUGCGAGCAAGCGCCGGCUCACGUCACUUGCAAGGCCGAUGCAGCCGCUCUCUGUAUUACCUGCGACCGUGACAUCCACUCCGCCAACCCUCUUGCUCGCCGACACGAGCGCCUCCCUGUUACCCCCUUCUACGACUCCGUCAAUUCAGUCCCAGCCGUCAAACCCAACGGAGUUGUUAACUUUCUGGAGGAGCGUUACUUCUCCGACGUGGACGGAGACGCUGAUGUCAGCCGGGAGGAAGCGGAGGCGGCGUCGUGGCUGCUUCCGAACCCUAACCAUAAGGCUGUGGACAGCCCGGACGUGAACUCGGGGCAGUACGUGUUCUCGGAGAUGGACCCGUAUCUGGAUCUAGAUUACGGGCAUGGGGAUCCAAAAAUGGAUGCCCAGGAGCAGAACAGCUCCGGCACCGAUGGGGUGGUCCCUGUCCAAAGCAAGAAUGUUCAAGCUCCGUCGGCUAACGAUCACUGUUUCGACUUGGACUUCACCGGAUCCAAACCCUUCUCUUAUGGCUACAACCCCAACUUCAUCAGCCACAGCGUAUCAUCAUCAUCAUUGGAUGUUGGGGUAGUCCCAGACGGAAGUACGAUGACGGACAUAUCAAACCCAUACGGAAGAGGGCCUGAGUCAACACAUCAGACGGUGCAGCUAUCACCGGCGGACCGAGAAGCAAGGGUGCUGAGGUACAGAGAGAAGAGAAAGAACAGGAAAUUCGAGAAGACGAUCCGUUACGCCUCCAGAAAAGCAUACGCAGAGAUGAGGCCGAGAAUCAAAGGAAGGUUCGCGAAGCGUACGGACAUAGAAGUCGAAGUGGAUCGCAGUAACAUGUAUGGGUUUGGAGUUGUCCCGUCGUUUUGAACUUAACCUCUCCAGUCUUCUCCAGCAUGGUCUAGUAAUAUGUUCAAUUUUGAACUUUUUAAUUUUCAUCGCUUUCUCUUUUGUCCUGAGGCUUUUUGGGGGAAAGGAUUCUGGGUUUUAAAGGUGUUAUUUUGCAGGUUCUGAAAUUAAUGUUUAUGUUAUGUAUAUAAGUAGGUGAUGAUGAUGAAGAAGAAGGUGUUAUAAUCCCACCCAACAAUGGAAACUUGACCAUUGUUUUUGUACAAGUUUUUUUUUUUUCCCUUUAAUGUUGUGAUUAGCGGAUCUUUUUCUUCAA